AUGUUCAUGUUCAGCAUCGUUGUUGUCAUUGCCGGCAGCAUGACGAUAGUCGUUUCGUCAAAUUACGACUCGUACGACGACGACGUUUUGUGGAAUUGCACACCCGCCUUGGUCUGGUCCGCGGUAGAGAUUCACCUCAGCGUGAUAGCUUGCUGCCUCCCCGUGAUGAGGCCGGUUGUCCACGCUCUCGGAGGCUGGUGGGGACACAACUUCUCCUCUCGCAAGGAACCCAGUGCGCCGACGUUCAAUACCGUCAAACUCGGCCACGUCCAUCGCUCAGUGGGGGUGACAUAUGGAAACGAGUCGACUUGCAAUCUCGCCAAUGGCGCAGACGGCAACCAGGCAGUGGUGGUGACGGAUUCGGGACGAGUAUUUGGACAGGGAGAAGGAUCCGACACCGUCAUCAGCACGGGCAAAGACAAGGAGCAGCUGGCAUCAUCGACGUCGACGGGGAGCACGGAUGGGGCGAUAUUGGUGCAGUACGAAAUCGACUUGAGUUUCUCUCGACAAGGUUCCCAUGGCCAAUGGAGAGAAGAAUGA